UGGAGAGAAACUAUAAAGUUGCCUGACAAGUCAAGAGGGAGAAGGAGAGGAGCUUGAACCAUGAGAGAGAACCUUGCUGGUGUGUUAUCCCAAAGCAUGGCGUUCACUGACUGUAUGAAUCCCACUGACCUGUCCACAGAGAAGAAGGGGAUAAAAAGGAAAAACUGGAGAAACAGAAUAAGACUUCUCUUGAAGAAGAACUCUUCCCAGUCGAUAUUACAUCUAAAGAGAAACAGACCUUACAGGCCAACUGCUGACGACGUGAACCAAUGGGCGCAGUCACUUGACACACUACUCAGUCAUACAUAUGGGAAAGCUGCCUUUUGUAUCUUCCUGAAGUCUGAGUUCUGCGAAGAGAACAUUGAGUUUUGGACGGCCUGUGAGGAUUUCAGGACCCACACGUCACACAAAGAGCUGGCGUCCAAGGCCAACAGCAUUUACGAGGAGUUCAUUAAAAGUGAAGCUCCCAAAGAGAUAAACCUGGAUUUCCACACCAAAAAUGCUAUUGUCCAGAGCCUCCAUGAGCCCACUGCAACUAGCUUCCUGGCAGCUCAGAGGAAAGUCUACAGCCUGAUGGAGAACAACUCCUACCCGAGGUUUAUCCACUCUGACCUCUACAAAGAACUGUGUGAAGUUGCCAGACGAGAGGGCAAGCACAUUAAGUCCUAGUCAAACUAGACACCCAGUGCUGAAGUCAUUUGUUUACUGCUGUGACUGUGUGAACAGACCGCUGAUGAUGUUCAUUCCAGGCACCGCCUCGGGAUAAUGGACCCAAAUGCAAAUCCUGAGGAUAAACAUUACCAGCGAGUGUGGAAAAUGCAAAACUGAAGCCAUUUUUAGUCUGUCCUGUUGAGAGCUUUCAACAAUUAAGUUAAGAUGAUUAGGUUGGAAGUUAUAUGCUGCUGCAGGCAGUACACAGAGCAUUUCUACCAGAUGGGAUUAAGUUUACAUUUUCUUCACUGGGCCAUUACCUGCACAUUCUUUACUAUGCUAUUUACUAUGCUAUGAAUUUGGUAUUUCGAGCAAUGAUGCAUUUCAAGAAAAUGCCAUUGUAGCUGCAUUCAAAGCUGAGAAGACUGUUGAUGUCUGUCAAAACACUUAUGCUGUUAGAAUGUAUUUCUGUGCUGAUGUCCUCUUGAAGACUUUAUACAGUUGUCAUAUACACAGGACUUCCUAUGUGACCCUGGUCUUCAUUGCAAUGUUGCUCUGCUGGAUUUGGAUCUGUUUACUCAAAAAGUGCAAUUAAUUUAUAUAACAAUAUCUACAAUUUCCAAAGGCUGUAUUUGGCCUGAAUUUACGGCAAGAAUGUUAUGUAUUGUAAAUAUUGUGACAUUAUAUGUGUUGAAUGUGAAUUUAAGUUUGGGGCAGCUGGACUGCUCGAGAAAUAAAAAUUAUUCUUCCAUUCUGAAA